AUGCAGAUCGACCCGGCUACUCUGAGUCGGUCAGACUCUACAUCAACCGCAAUCACCUCGUCUAAGGGUUCUGCGCCUAGUGCCCCUGCAUUACAGAAGUCGACGAAGGCGCUGAUCUCCGUUCCGCGACUCGACUUGGAGCCUGUCUACACGGAGCUCAAAGCCGCCAUCGGUGACCAAUGGGCCGAGUACAAAGAGGCUACCGCCCUCUUUCUUCUUGAAAUCGCUUUGCCGCUUGUACAGCUGUAUCUAUGUGAUCCCACAUUUCCGCUCUGCCUCCAUUCAAUUCAGGAUGCUGAAGACUUGUGUCAACGAACAGGGCAGCUUAAUCAAAGCGAACUCUCAUCGCGCGUCGAUCAUAUAAUAUGCGUUGAUCAGAAAACUGAGCAUCUCCACAACAACUUCAUUUGCGCGAUAAUCGGAAACCUGACCCGAGAUCUUCCCGACCAUGGAGUUGCCAGUUGGGUAUCCGCAAAUGAUAAGCCCUCAGUUGUGCCGAAACCGACGUCGGGGGAUGCCGCCGAACAGAGACUCAAAACGGAGGUCAUGCAGUUGCCUCCAAGGGACCGGCGCAGACUCAAGGCGAUACCCGAGCGUGACUCACAUGAUGUCUCACCCAAUGAUUUGGUAGAUUACCACCUGGCGAAGCAAAUCAAGCUGCCUAGCCAGGUACCGGCCAGCGCCGGUGGUUUGAACAAGACAAACUGGGAAUUAGAGAUUCGAAAACGUUAUGCACAACCCUUGGCAUCGGAGACUGGCGAGUUUCCGGAUGCUGAAUCAAUUCAUGCACGCAUGGUCCCUAUAUGCUACGAAGAAUCUAUAGUCAGUGGCGCAAGCUUACCCUGUGCGGAAUAUAUGGCCAUCGCAACAGAAACGUUUGUCAAGGAAGUAUUAUCAGUGGUCUUCUCACGCACGAGGUCGAAUGGUCCCUCGGGGACGAUCAAUGGCAUGAUGAUGCGCAAGUAUCGACAACAGCUAGAAAGAGAAGAACUAGCCUUCACCAGGGGCGAAAUUGUCAAAGACAGCGCAACUGGAUUGUUGCCCAUUGAAGCUAAGGAGGCAAGUGUUCGAAAACCAUUGGGCGUUCGAGAUCUCCGAUUAGCAUUGGAACUCGGCAGUGGUGUCCUCAGCCAUAUGCCUUUGCUUGUUGAUCAAAUUAUGAGUGGAUAUCUCGAAGAUGACCUUGAAGCAGAGAAAUUUGACACAGUUGACGACGUGGUAGAGAUUUCGAAUGACACCUCUGGACAGAAUAUUUUCUCUGAUGAAAUGGAGAUUGAUGACACCGAAUCAGACUGGGAGGGAGGCACAACGGCUGAUAGGGUGCACUUGAGCGCUUUACUGGACGAGUGCCUGUCUAUGGCCUCGUGA